AAUAAAACCACCGACUGUAAUCCUUCGGUACUAGAAGCGAAUGCUGGUGUUAUUUUUCUGUCUACCACUCAACGUUAGUAUUUGCCCUGUUUAAUAAUCAGAGAAUGGACAACUCUGGGAAAGAGAAGGAAGCGAUUCAGCUGAUGGCUGACGCCGACAAGAAAGUGAAAACGUCUGGCUCGUUCUUGGGAGGCAUGUUUGGCGGACCUCAUAAAGUUGAAGAGGCUUGUGAAAUGUACUGCAGAGCAGCCAACAUGUUCAAGAUGGCCAAGAACUGGAACGCUGCUGGUAAUGCCUUCUGCCAGGCGGCCCGGAUCCACAUGCAGCUCCAGAACAAACAUGACUCGGCCACCAGCUUCAUCGAUGCAGGAAACGCUUUCAAAAAGGCAGACCCCAGCGGGAAGGUUCACCAUCGCAGCCAAACACCACAUCACCAUCGCAGAGAUCUACGAGUCAGAACUGGUGGAUAUAGAGAAGGCCAUCGCCCACUAUGAGCAGGCAGCAGACUACUACAAAGGAGAGGAGUCCAACAGUUCUGCAAACAAGUGUCUACUGAAGGUGGGGGCCUACGCCGCUCAGUUGGAACAGUACGCAAAGGCCAUCGAGAUCUACGAACAGGUUGGAUCCAGCACCAUGGAUAACCCCCUGCUGAAAUACAGUGCCAAAGAGUACUUCUUCAAAGCCUCUCUGUGUCACUUCAUCGUGGAUGAACUUAACGCCAAACUUGCUGUCGAGAAGUACGAAGAGAUGUUCCCAGCCUUCUCUGACUCAAGAGAGUGCAAGCUGUUGAAGAAACUCCUGGAUGCUCAUGAGGAACAGAACUGUGAAGCUUUCACAGAAGCAAUUAAAGAGUUUGACUCCAUCUCUCGUCUGGACCAAUGGCAGACCACCAUGCUGCUGCGCAUCAAGAAGACCAUCCAAGGGGAUGAGGGAGACCUGAAGUGAGACCACGACAGGGGGAACACAGCACCGCGGGGCGCACACAUGGCAUGCCACCCCUCUCCACGACUUCACCCCUCAUCCCAUAUUGUUUUUGUGCAAUGACUCAGUCCAGGUUCUUACAUACAGAAUGUCCAGUUAGUUAAAUCCGCUGCAAUGUCUAGUCCAGGGGUCUAACUUUUGGGGAGGGAUUUGAGGUUUUGGGCAGCUAAAAAAAAUUGUUUAAUUUAGCAAAUCUGUUCCCAAGUAUUCCCACAAAUUUAAAAAAGGGAUAUGUGAUCGUGUAUCAAUGCAAUGAAGGUGUGAAAUUAUUUUAUUAUUUUAUUUUCAAAUACAAUCUCUUUUUGGGCUUCGUUGUGGUAAAUUUGCAGUGUACAAAUGAUUAGCAUUAUGUUCUGGCCCCGAAACCAUCCGCUCCUACAAAAAUGAUCCUGCGUCUGAAUCUAGCUGCCUACCCCGGUGUAGGCCUUUAUAAAGACUUAUGUAUACUCUGUUGAAUUCUAUUAUAUCAGUGCUCUCUUAUUAUCACCAAACUCUAGUUAGGAUGUGGGUCCAGUCGCACCUCUUUCUGGAGGAUAGAUCUGAUGCGUUUCCUGUUUAGUGGUGAGUGAACUUCUGAGAAGGGCAGAGAGGCAUUCUAAUUCCAAGGCAUUGACCACUGAUGUUAGUAUUGAGUGCUCAAAACACUGCAUGAUUUGUACAGUUGUAAUUCAUGAAUCUAUUAGGUUCAACAGGUGUGACUAUUCAUCUAGGAAUUAGUCUUUUAAAUGUAUAUUGUGUUUGCUUGGCUUCCAGCUGAAAAGUCUUACAAGGGAAAUGUUCAUUACUUAUAUAUCAUAAAUGGUUCUUGUAAACAAAGGUAAUCCAGCCUGAGAUGACACAAUGAAUUGUUUCGUAUUUAAAAUUUAAAAAAUAUUAUUCUUGAAAUGGACAAUUGAUAGAAAUACAAACCAUUCAUGCCCAGAAAGUAUAUUUUGCUUAGUUGGUAUUUUUUUUCUCCAUAUUUCUUAUUCUGCAUUAUGAGGUUAUCUACACAAUCUGCCUAUGUGAGGCGACUUCCUAAAUCUGCUUGUAAAUGAUUAUUUUUUUAAACGCAGAGCUAAGAAAAUCCCGUACCCUCUUGUAAGAGCAGUUUCACUUCUUAACUCCAGCUUUGUUCUUUCAUUGUCACUCAUGUUGAUGUACUAUGUGUCGUGAAGUUGUAACCAUGUUGGUGUUUGCUAGUGCAUCCUCUAGCUGACAACUAGCAGAGCUGCAGUUCUUUGUGUGUAUCGGUAAUAGUGUUGCGCAACAUUUCCUAGUAGUGAUGAGCUGCGGCAAGGUUUUUACUGAGUGCCCCACAACGUAGGGGGCAGUCAGCCUGCGUAUCAAGCUUCUUUCAGAUGGAAUGGUGCUCUUUUCUUUUUAUUUGGUCUGUGUCACAAAAUUAACUAAAUAAAAUUAUUUAUCAUUCUGUGGGUCUCUACUGAUAUUGCUGUUUUGUCAAACUUAGUCCACGCAAUUUGAAAAUGAUAUGUGCAUGUAUAUUUUAAGUUGUAUUAGUGAUCAUGUUAGGAGUAAAUGUCAAAACAUGUUGCACAAAAGAAACCAUGAAUUAAGCAUACUUUAGGCAGAGAUUAUGAUUGCGGGUUAUAGACCUUGCAGUUUUUUCCCCGACCAAGGCUAUUUCCGAGUAAACCAACAUAUGCCGCGUCGACCGUGAAUGGGGUCUCAGCGGAAUCAUUGCCUUGAAUGAUACAUUUAUACCCAAACAAGAUUGCAACCGUACCAUGUAUUGUUUAUAGCUUCGUUUUAGGUCUGGAACGCACCUUUCUGGUAAAAAUAGUUAUACAUUGCUGAGGUGUACUCACUUGAUGCAAGCUCAAAUACAUAGUACAAAUGGUAUGAAAAUACAUAGAUUUUUUUUCCUAUUCAACAAAAUUCGGACUUAAAAUGACAUGUUUUUUCUAAAUAUAGGAACAAUCGAAUAAACAACUUACCAAGCUAACAUAUGUAAUUGUUUUAAAAUGAUAAUAGCAAGGAUCAUUUAGCUAUUAGAUUUAGACUCGCUAGACCCCUCAGACUCAACUCUGGACCUCAAAGCCAGUUCCACUGUUGUCUUUCAUCAUUCCCCCUCUAAUCGGGGACUGAUUUAAACCUAGGACACCAGGUGUAUGCAAUUCAUUAUCAGGUAGAACAGAAAACCAGCAGGCUUCCGAAAUGUGGACCGGAGGCUCAGUACGGAGGAUGUGACGCAAAUGCGGCGCCUCCGGAGGCUUUCGGAGAGCAAAUCGAACUCCAUACCGCAUCGCCGUGUGCCUCCCAAAUUAUGUAACAAUGUGAAGGUCUCCUUAUAGCUCUGUAUAGAUCCGCAUCGACAUGAAUAGUUGAUGCUAGGUGGGGGGCCGGAGGUCCUGUAUAAAUACAAACCCACUUCCUUGACAACAGCUCUGCUCCGUGAAGAAGUGUGAAUGUUCUGACCUCUGCGGAGGCUGCGUCGCAGUAAACGCUGUACAUCCACUGCAGACAUCAGAUUGACCAAUCAGAGCCUUUAAGAGUUGAAUACCCUUGCACUCGACCAGGGUUGUCAAACUCAUUCCAUGGGCCUAGUGUCAGCAUUUUUUUUGUGUGUACUAAUUAGGGCCCUUAAUUCAUCAAUCAAGUACAAGGGAGGAGCAAAACCCACAGCCACUCGGCUCUCUGUGGAAUGAGUUUGACACCUGUGCACUAGACUGUCCCCUUUCAUAUUCUGUCUCCCAGAGGGAGAGUAAAUCGAUUAUUUGUCUGGAUAGGCCAGAAAGUGUGACACGUUACUCCCUAUGCGGUCUGAAACCUGACACUUCCAGGUGCGUUCUGCUGAGAGUGGUAGCGGAGUGCAGACAGAUAAAUCUUCCGAGGCACUGAACCCUACGACGUUCACAUAUGGCUUUGUACACCAAAAUAUCAGUUGGAACCUGUUCAGAACUGCUCAAUAUUUGAGAGGUUAAAAUCCGCAAUACCUAGAACUCACAAUCCGAUUCAAUCCCAGCCUAAAUUUCAAAGAGGCAACCCCAUAACGUUUCGUCAACAGAGUAGAGGACAGACAUCAAAUAUGAAUUCAGACCCAAUAAAUAGACAAUAAAUAGCCACUUUCAUAUGUAUAUGGACAGUGAAGCUACACAUUUUAAUUUGGCUCUAUACUCCAGCAUUUUUGGAUGAGAGCAAAUGUCUCAUAUGGGGCAACAGUACAGAAUGUCACUUUUUAUUUGAGGGUAUUUUAAUACUCUGUGUUAAGUUUUGCCUGAUAGGAACUGAAUGGUGAAUGGAGUAAUUGUAUUUCUGAGUAUAUAAGAUGUUUCAGAACACUUCAAAAUGAAUCCGGAUAAUG